AUGGCUGAUGCAAGAAACGUCAAUGAGGAUGAUGACGCAACUCGGCAAGAAGCGUUUAACAAUAGGGUUACGGAGGUGGCGGAAGGGGUUAUGCAAGCCCACCUUCCGCGAUUAGCUCAAGAGGUGGAAAGCCGGGUUUUGGGAGUCGUAGAUGCUAUGAUGACCAGUAAGAUCGAGGAAUUGAAAGAACUAAUUGAGGGGUCUAGAAGUAAAGGCAAGGAACGACGAUGCACGUAUAAAGACUUUAUGGCGUGCAAUCCGGCAACGUAUGAUGGUAAAAUUGAUCCGAUCGCAUGCCAAAGAUGGAUUUCAAACAUGGAGGCAGUGUUUAUACGAAGCCGGUGUGAUAGAGAAGAUCAAGUGAUGUUUGCUACGGGUCAACUCACCCUCCAGGCAAAAGACUGGUGGGAUGCGCAUAGCAAGGAAAUAGGCGAAGAAAGACUCCAAACGAUGACCUGGCAAGAGUUUAAGGAUCCCUUUAUGAAAUAUCACUGCCCUCAGUCAGCCAUUGAUAAGAUUCAAGAGGAUUUCUUACGCCUCCGACAGAAGAACGAGACGAUAAAUGAGAUAUCAAACACUUUCUUGGAUAAGAUGAAGUUUUGUGGAGAGUUUGUGCAAACUGAAAGGAUGAAGAUUAACCGCUUUUAUGGCGUAUUAAAGGCAGAAUUUAGGGAGUUCAUCACUCCCUCGAAGUGUGAGACUCUUGAUGAGCUCAUCAAUCUAGCGCGGGAUAGAGAAAUCGAGAUCAAGAGGCAAGAAGAGCGUGGAGAAAAGAGACCCAAUGAAAAAGGUGGAAAUUCGACCCCGACCAAAAAGGGGAAGUAUCAAGAGCAAGGAAGAAAGGAUAAGUCGAAGAGUGGUAUCACGCCGUGCAAGACUUGUGGAAAACUUCAUACGGGGGAAUGUUUGUUAGGCAAGAAAGGGUGUUACAAAUGCGGUAAGGAGGGACACUCAUCUUAUCAAUGUCCGAGUAGCCCAAAAACUUGUUUCAACUGUUUCGAAAAGGGGCACAUCAAAUCUGAGUGCCCGAAACUCCAGCAAGAGUUGAAGAAGGAAGAUAAGAAACAAGAAGGUUCUAGGGCCAAGGGUAGAAUGUUCCAAAUUACAUCCGAAGAAGCCAAGUCUCACCCGAAUGUGAUUUCAGGUAUCUUUUUACUGAACUCCAUACCGGUUUAUGUUCUAUUCGAUACUGGAGAUACUAUGUCAUUUAUUUCGAAUGAAAUUAUACAACAUCCGUCCUUUAAGAUCGAACGAAUGCCAAUGCCAUUAGAAGUAGAAAUAGCCGAUAGCAAGAUGUAUAUGUUACAUGAGGUUUGUAGAAAUUGUAAAUUCACUAUAGAAGAUGAAGAAUUUGACAUCGACCUGAUACCCAUGGUUUUGGGGGAAUUUAAAAUGAUCGUGGGGAUGGAUUGGUUGGCGCGACACCAUGUGGAGAUUAACUGUGAAACUAAAGUGAUGGUUAUUCAAGCUCCAAGUGGAAAACAAUUAAGUAUUCAAGGAGAGAGAAACGUGGAAACCAAGUUGUGUACCUUGGUCCAAGCUUAUAAGUACGUACUUAACGGGAGUAGAGCAUACUUAGCUUAUGUAGGAGAUGCCCGACAAACCCUCCCGAAGCUUGAAGACGUUGAGGUCGUGAACGAAUUUCCGGAUGUAUUUCCGGAAGAACUGCCGGGACUUCCUCCCGAAAGGGAGAUAGAGUUUCGCAUCGAAUUAAAUCCGGGUGCGAAGCCUGUUGCGAAGGCUCCCUAUAGACUUGCCCCCACCGAGAUGCGAGAAUUAAUGACACAGUUGCAAGAUCUUCUAGAUAAGGGUUUCAUACGCCCGAUCAUGUCGUUUGGGUUGACGAACGCGCCGGCUGCAUUUAUGGAUCUUAUGAACCGGGUGUGCCGACCCAUGUUAGACAAAUCAGUAAUAGUAUUCAUAGAUGAUAUCUUAGUUUAUUCGCGAAGCAAAGCUGAGCACGCAAGGCACUUGCGAGAAGUACUCGAAACUCUCCGCAAGGAGAAACUUUACGCAAAAUUUUCAAAAUGCGCCUUCUGGCUCAGGGAGGUGCAGUUUCUAGGCCACGUGAUCAAUGCGGAAGGUGUUUUAGUGGAUCCAUCAAAGAUUGAUGCUGUAAUGAAAUGGGUUUCCCCGAAAAGUCCGACUGAGAUAAGGAGUUUCCUAGGCCUCGCGGGAUACUAUAGGCGGUUCAUACAGGAUUUCUCGAAGAUAGCUCUACCUCUAACCAGACUGACGAGAAGGAAAGAAAAGUUUGUGUGGGGUAAGGAACAGGAAGAGGCUUUUCGUAUACUGAAGGAGAAAUUGUCGAGUCCUCCGGUCCUGACGUUGCCAGAUGGAACUGAAGAUUUGGUUGUUUAUUCAGAUGCUUCCCAUCAGGGUUUAGGUUGUGUUUUGAUGCAAAGGGGAAAGGUUAUUGCUUAUGCGUCGCGGCAACUAAAGCCUCACGAGGUGAACUACUCAACACACGAUCUGGAAUUGGCAGCAGUAGUGUUCGCCUUAAAGAUUUGGAGACACUACCUAUACGGUGCGAAAUAUUAUGAUUGUGAUAUCCUCUAUCACCCGGGGAAAGCAAAUGUGGUAGCCGAUGCGUUAAGCCGAAAAGAGUAUCCGUCUCCUCUCCGUGUAAAGUCCAUGAAGAUGGUAGUUACGCCACGAUUACUUGAAACGAUACGGGAAUCUCAAAGAAAGUCUCUUGGAGCAGAAGACUUGAAGAAAGAAAGAUUAAAAGGCGUUAUUGAUAAAUUAGAAGAAAAUUCGACCGGACUCAAGACGCGAUUCGGCCGAAUUUGGAUACCCCGAUUUUGUGAAGUCAAAGCCGCACUACUCGAUGAAGCACAUAAGUCACGAUAUUCGGUCCACCCUGGGGCUACAAAGAUGUAUCGAGAUUUAAAAACCAACUAUUGGUGGCCGGGCAUGAAACGCGAUAUCGUCAAGUAUGUCGCAAAAUGCUUAACGUGUUCUUAA